GAAGUGUGAACUACACAAUCCAUCAUGGCUGCGCCCAGUGAGGACGACUCGGAGCACACUGAUUACGGGUCUGCAACAAGACCUUGUAAAGCCAGGACAUGCUUUGACUUUUCUACAUUUAUGAAAAUGCAAGGAAAAACUAUUAAAAACAAAAUGGAAAACGAGAAACAAAAUGAGAAAGAGGAACAAAGACCAUGUCCACUGGACAAAGACAGUUUGGGUCAAAACACAUGGUCAUUUCUUCAUACAAUGGCAGCAUACUAUCCAAACAAACCCACUGAAACUCAACAGAGGGACAUGUCCCAAUUCAUCCAUCUUUUCUCCAAGUUUUAUCCCUGUGACUACUGUGCUGAGGAUCUCCGUAAAGACUUGCGGACAGACAAGCCACAAACUGCCUCACGUGAGGAGCUCUCUCAGUGGAUGUGUAGAUUACACAACAAAGUCAACGAAAAGACCGGAAAGCCUCAGUUUGACUGUAGUUUAGUGGACGAAAGGUGGCGAGAUGGGUGGAAGGAUGGGAGUUGCGGCUGAACUCCAGACACUUCAAAACAUUCAAGGAAAAGCAACUGUGAUUUAAAAAAUGGGGUGUUUUUUAUUUUACCUCCUUGACUAAAGUAGGGGCAUAUUGUUUUACUUCUGUCUGUCUGUCAGUCCCACAUCCAGGCGACUUUCGAUAACACGAAGUUCAAGGAACCAUGAUAAAACUUCUCAAGUUCUCAAAAUUGAAGGUUGUGUCAAAUCCCAAAACUAAAGGUCAGACAAAUUGGUUCAGAUUUUAUAGUAACCAGAUUUCAUAUUCAAACAUAUCCAGGGAAUGUAUUGACUCAUUGUUCUUUAUAUCUUUAGGUAAUUAAAUUGAUUUCAUCAACACA